AGUUUCACAAUAAAAGACACAUUUAAAGAUACUAUACCAGUCCCGGAAGUCAGUACCUGCUGCCCUGUGCUGACCUGACUCACCUGUCUGUUUCUCCCUGAGGAGCACAGUGGCCCCGCCUUCCUGCACCGGAAAUGCUCUCCAUGCAUGACGUCAUGACGUGAUUGACAGGAGCCGGGAUAGACUGUGUCGUGAGCUGCAGAGGACGAUGAAGGUCUGAGGAAGGACAGACCGCUGCUGUCUACAGUGAGUCCUGGUUGUGGAGUCGUUGACUGCAGUCAAGAGAACCUAAAAUACCUCGUUAAUCUCCUUAUGACGCUCUGAGAGCAGCUUUCUCUGAACCUUCAACUCCAAACCCUAAACCCUGAAAGCUGAACCCUGAACUCUUAACCGUGAACUAUGAAAGCUGAACCCUGAACUCUUAACCCUUAACUAUGAAAGCUGAACCCUGAACUGUUAACCCUGAACUAUGAAAGCUGAACCCUGAACUGUUAACCCUGAACUAUGAAAGCUGAACCCUGGACACUAAACCCUAAACCCAGAACAAAGAAUCUAGAACACCACACAGGGCUACGACUUGGUUAACUUUGAAUAGGGUUUACGCUCAGCACCAUUUUGUGAGUCAGAACUAGAACCUUCCAAAUAGAAGCAUCAGGGUUCAACAGAUGAGAGGCAAGAAAAAUCUGAUUGGACGAAACAAUCUGGCAAGAACCAACGACUGAAACUCAACACACUGUAAAACAUCUACACUGUAGAAUGUUUCAUUCUCCAGUUUAACAAUUUAAUGUUGAAGAUGUUUCAUUUCAGAAAACAAAUGUUUCAGACUGAGUUUUCGGGAAAUGUGUCUAAAGUGUCUCACAAGACAUUUAGAAGACAAACAAGUCUUUUUGAAUUUGUCAUUUAAAGUGGAAAUCUGAGUUGAGUAUGUAUUUUAACUAACUAAUGGACCAAAAGUUUUCAACAUUGCUACAAACAACCUGCUGAAAGUAAUUUAGCCAUGAAGAUGAUGUCAUGUGGAAAGUUGGCGUCUUCUGAAUGCAGCCCCUAGUGUUCGUAAGUGGUACAGCACCUUAAGUCCAGUUCUCCACCAUGUUUCUGCCGACUUGGACGUGAGACGUAAAAACAUGGUGGUGGGGAAGCUGACCUUCACCAAGCCGGAGAGAGAGAAGCUAGCCAAGGUCCUCUGGCUGCUCAACUGGAUCUCCGUCUUGACCGGAGCGAUCCUGUUCAGCCUGGGCUUGUUCCUCAAAGUAGAGAUCCAGAGAUGGCAGGAAGUGAUGUCAGAGGGGAUCCUCUAUGUGCCACACAUGCUGAUCACCACCGGUCUGGCCGCCUGCUGCAUCAACUUCCUGGGUGGGAAGAUCUGCCUGGACUGCACCGACACCAACAAGUUCCUGCGCUGGAAGCUAGUGAUGAUGCCGUACAUCAUCUGCACCUUGUUCUUCACCUCCUGCGUCCUGGGGGGGGCGCUAAUGUGCUACAGCAUCCGGAGCCAGCUGGAGGACUCACUGGCCCUGGGCCUGAGGAACGCCAUGCAGUACUACAAGGACACUGACACGCCGGGCCGCUGCUACCUGAAGAAGACUCUGGACCUACUGCAGAUCCAGUUCCAAUGCUGUGGGAACUCCGGGUACCAGGACUGGUUCCAGGUUCAGUGGAUCAGCAACCGCUACCUGGACAUGACCAGCAGCAGCGUGGUGGAUCGCCUGAGGAGUAACGUGGAGGGGAAGUACCUGACGGAGGGCGUUCCCUUUAGCUGCUGCAGCACCUUGUCCCCUCGGCCCUGCAUCCAGCAGCAGGUUGGCGACAGAUCGCCUCAUUUCAACUACGACCAGCGGAGCCAGCAGCUGAACCUGUGGAGGAGAGGCUGCCGACAGGCCCUGAUGGACCACUACACCGGCAUCAUGCAGUCCAUCGGCCUCACCGUGCUUCUCAUCUGGCUGUUCGAGCUGCUGGUUCUGACCGGAGUCCGUUACCUGCAGACGGCCAUGGAGAACGUUCUCCGCCUGGGGGAUCCGGACUCAGAGGUUGAUGGUUGGAUUCUGGAGAACAGCCUGGCAGAAACAGCCCGUUCCAACUUUGACAUCAUCAAGAACAUGGGGAAGUGUUACCAGGUCGACAACGACCCCAACAUCAACAUCCCGACCGCCGCCGAGCAGGAGGUGCCGUCCCGCCAGGUCCGGAUCCCUGUGACCAGCUAACAUCUGGAGAACCUCUGAAAGACCAGGACUAGAAGGGAACACCUCAGGUCCAAAAUCUCUAGUGUUGCUCUGUCGAUGCUUCCUGAACUCAGACUCGGGUCCGGCUCCGGGAGGCUCUGAGGAGGAUCCGCCCUCUGGUCCUCGUACAUUCAGUAUUCGAUGCCUUCCAGCUGAUGAAUGUCUUGUUAACACGUCAGAGGAUCAAUAAAGUUAUUAUGGUCCAUCCUCAGGGGAACACAAACCCACAGCAGGCUGAUCAAUAUAAAGAAGAAUUAACCAGGACCAGAUGGUCGACCUCUAGAACUCAGAGAAGGUUUGAACUGGUUUCUCUUUGUCUUCUUCUUCAUGUGUUCUGUAGCAGGUCUAAAGCUGGUCUAAAGCUGGUCUAAAGCAGGUCUAAAGCAGGUCUAAAGCUGGUACAGAUACUGGUCUAAAGCUGGUCAAAAGCUGGUCUAAAGCUGUUCUAGAGCUGGUCUAAAACAGGUCUAAAGCUUGUCUAGAGCUGGCCUAAAGCUGGUCUAAAGCUAGUCUAAAGCUGGUACUGAUACUGGUCUAAAGCUGAUCUAGAGGUGGUCUAGAGCUGAUCUAGAGCUGGUCUAGAGCUGGUCUAAAGCAAAGUAAAGAUACAGGUCUAAAGCUGGUACAGAUGUUGGUCUAAAGCUGGUCUAAAGCUGGUCUUGAGUUGGUCUAAAUCUGGUACAGAUGUUGGUCUAAAGCUGGUCUAAAGCUGGUCUUGAGUUGGUCUAAAUCUGGUACAGAUACUGGUCUAAAGCUGGUCUAAAGCUGGUCUAAAGCUGGUACAGAUACUGGGCUAAAUAUGGUCUAAAGCUGGUCUAAAGCUGGUACAGAUACUGGGCUAAAGCUGGUCUAAAGCUGGUCUAGAGCUGGUACAGAUACAGGUCUGGCCACGUUUAAAUGAGGGAACAACUGGUGUGGUGGUUUUCAAAGGGUCCCUUGACCUCUAAGCUCAAGACGUGUAGGAAUCUGAAAUGCAGUGUUUGAAUAUUUCUGGCAUCUAAACAGUCUAUUAAUGUAUAAAUUGGUUUUGAAAGGAAAGCUGAGACUCUUGUGGAUCCAGAAAGUUUUAGAAACCAAAUCACAACAUGACUUCUUCUAUGGUGCUCAUUGAACUCUUUGUGUCUUAAUGUUGGAUUUUUAUCAAAGUUUGUUACAUUUAGCACCAAAUCUGAGGAACAAAAAAGGGAUCGAGGCCAAAAGUUUCAGCUCUGUCUCCUAAAAUAACAGAAAGGAAACAAGAGUCUGAAGUCUGUGAAGGGAGGAGGUCUAAGAACAGGUGGGUCAUAAACCUGGUAACAUGAACAGGGUUUAACAAAGAUGUACUUCAGCAUUAUGUUCUAGUACUAGUUCUAGUACUCCAUCAUAAUGUUCUAAUACUAGUUCUCAUACUAGCUAGUACUUCCAUCAUAAUGUACUAAUACUAGUUAUACAAUAUAUAAAACACCAAACUGGGUGCUGAGAAAUGAAGCCA